AUGAAGCAAAGGGAAAUUGAUUUGGCAGGAGGUGACGUGAUUCGCAAACAUCCCGAGGCUUCUACUAUUUUCCUGUCCAAUUCUUUGGGGGAUGAGGAGAACAGCGAUCCAUCAGUGGCAAAUGCCGAUGAGCCUGGUGAACUCUCCAAUAACCCUCAUCAUAUCCACGACCCACCAUUUUCUAGCUCUGUGAAGAUCAACAAUUGCAAUGCGGCUUCGCAGGUAUGUUUGAAAAGAAAUUUUUGUUAG